GCGACUUUCACACUUCGCCGUCAUGUUGUAUGCAACAGGAACGUGCAGUUACCAACGAUGAUACAUUCCCUGCCCAACCGCAACCAGCUUGCUCGACUGUCUCUUGUGGGAAUGCGGAGCAUGUCCGGUAAGGUCAAAGAGAUCGAAGAGCAACUCAGAAAGGACGAUGCCAUGGAAGCGCCUGCAGACUUGGAGGGGAAAGUGAAUCUGUAUGCGCUCAACCAGACAAGAAUGGAAGAGCUGCUGCUUGACUGGGGAGAGCCCAAAUUUCGAGCGAAGCAGAUCUGGCAAUGGAUAAACGUCAAGGGAGCUACUGAUUUCGACAAAAUGCAAGACUUGCCAAAGGGGCUGAGAGCCAAACUCGCCGAAAAAGCUGUUCUUGGCAACCUAGAGAUUGCAGUUGAGCAGGUGAGCAAGGAUGGAACUAUAAAACGUGCCUACAAGCUCAAGGAUGGACAAAUGAUUGAGUCUGUAUUGAUGCCUUACGAUGACGGGAGGCGAACAGCUUGCAUUUCGUCUCAGGCGGGAUGUGCGAUGGGGUGCGUUUUUUGUGCAACUGGACAGAUGGGUUUCGCACGCCAGCUGACUUCAGUCGAGAUCCUGGAACAGGUGCAACGAUUUCAUGUUGAGCUCUUGAGCAAAGGAGAACGGCUUUCAAAUGUCGUUCUGAUGGGGAUGGGAGAGCCACUCGGCAAUUACAACAAUGUCAUGGAGGCAGUCCGACGUAUCAAUCAAGAUCUGGGGAUAGGAGCCCGGCACAUAACUAUCAGCACCGUAGGACUUGUUCCAAGGAUCCGCCGACUAGCAGAAGAAAACAUGCAGAUAAAACUUGCGGUCAGUCUGCAUGCAGCUUCGGAUGAAGAACGAAACGCAAUCAUGCCAGUCAACUUGCGCUUUCCCUUGGCCGAUCUCAUGGAAACCUGCAAGUUCUACGUCGAGAAGACUGGAAGGAGAAUUUCGUUCGAGUGGGCCUUGAUCGCCGGCCAGAAUGAUACACCGGAGGUGGCAAAUAAGCUUGGACACCUUCUCAAAUGGAAUGAUUUCAAUCCGCAGGGCCUUAACAAGAUGUGUCACGUCAAUCUCAUCCCUCUGAAUCCUACUGCUGGUUUCGACGGGAAGCCGACCAAGGCGGCGGAAUGUGACAUCUUCAUCAAGAUCUUGUCCAAGUACGGAGUGACCGCCACUACCAGGGUACGACGAGGCAUUGACAUCGAUGCCGGAUGCGGACAGCUCAAGUCUAAACUGAACAAGGUGUCUGCUUGCGCCAUGAUCCCCUUCUAUGGUUUCGAUGUGCGCUAA